CAGUACUCGAGGCAGACAUGAAGACAAUAUUGGCGCUUAGUAUUAUGGUUCUGUUAGAGCUGGUGGUAGCGAGCCCACUUGGGCCGUGCGGCUGCAAACCGGUGUUCGAAUAUUGCGCCAGCGACUACACCACGUACCACAGCAUCUGCGAGUACAAGUGCAAACAUCCCUCCAUCCCGUUCCACGACUGGUAUAUUCUGUAUAACGGGCCUUGCUUGUCGGGGACGGAGACUACAACUGAGCGGUUGACUACAACUGAGUGGACUACUAAACUUAGACGGAGCACUACAACUACUGAGGACUGGAGGACAGCCAAUAAUGCCAUCCAAGGAUAA